AUGUCUGUCACGACAGCUCAACGAUAUAGUGAAUUAGCCAAAUCUCAGAACGAGCCCGAGCUUAUUGAGCAUCUCCCGUCUGGUGGAUCCGUUGGAUGGUUCGGAUCGAAAUCCGCUAAGAAGGUACUUGCCUACAUUCCUGGUGGAGGCCUGGUAACUUAUGCCUCCGGUGCCCAAAUCCAAAUGGCCUAUGAUGCCUACAAAACUGCCCUAGCUGCAGCGGGAAAUGUGGCCCUUGCUAUUCUAUCGUAUGAUAUAUGUGCCGUUGCCGAGUACCCAUCACAGCUAUGCCAGACUGUCUCCUUCGUUGAAUCUUUGAUGAAGGAUCAUGACCCCGAGGAUAUUGAUCUCUUUGGUGAAAGUGCUGGUGGUAUGCUGAUCAUUUCUAUGCUGCUCCACGUCUCGCACAAUCAUCCCAAGGUUCCUUCGUUAACUAUGCCUGUUGGCCGCAAGUUCCACCGGGCGCUCCUGAUCAGCCCUGGCGGUCCGGUGAAAACCUCGGCAUCUUCAAUGACGGGCAAUGAUGGCAAGGACGGCUUAACAACUGCCACACUUUCAGCACUCUGGGCAAUGAUUGAAGCCAACCACGAUCCUGAGGUCGAUUUAGUGAACCCAUGGCUCACACCAACGCUCAAGAUGUUUGAGACCUGGUAUGAGAACUGGCCAAUCGGCGAGAUUUCGAUCAUCAUUGGCGAUGAUGAAAUCCUACGGGACGACAUUAUACAGGUUGCCAAUGUCAUCAAAGGCAAGCAUUCCGCAGAGGUGGAUGUUCAUGUGUAUCCCAAGUCUGGCCAUUGCGCUAUUGUGGGGGAAAUCAUGAGGCAGGCGCCUCUAUCUGAAUAUUCCCUUGCAGUCUAUGAGUGGGCAAAGAAGAUUUAGACUACGAAGGGCUAAUCGCCACUAAGACUGCUUUUAGAGAGCCAAGCCGUUGCCACUCGACGCAGUAAGAAACCUUGUCGUGGUGCUGAGGCCCUACCCAAUUAUACAGGCUAUUUUGU